CCAAUUCUUAGCAUAGUUUAAGUCAAGCUUUAUAAUUCGUUGUUAAUUAUAUUUACUGUCUUACGCGUAUAACAUAUAAUAAAAAUAUUAAUCAAACGCGAAGAAUUGGAUAGUAAUUAAAACCCUCCGUACACAAAACAACACGUUAAGAGAUAACCUGUUAAACAUAAAAAAUGGCAAGUAUAGAAGAUGAAUGGCAAGAAGACCCGGUAACUGUACAAAUGCCUCCUCCACAAUAUUCGCGCCCUCAGUACAACAACAGAUCGCGAGGAACAAGAGGAAGAUACCACCAGAAUGGUUUUAACAGAACAAGAGAAAGCAACAGUAGUGAUCAAUAUUCUUCAAAUGCUUCAGGAUAUCAGUCUCAAAACUCACGUCCUCAAAACUAUAACAAACAACGUGGAACACGUGGUAGAUAUCAGGAAAGGUCAAAUUGGAGACAAUCAGAAGAAAAUAGUAAUGAAGCAUCAGGUAGCAGUCAGGCAACACCAGAGAAAGAUACAAAAACCAAAGCAUUUACGAUGAUUAAUGAACAUGGAGUUGAAGUUAUUGAUUGGGAUAAACUGAAUGCUUCUCAUGACCAGGCACAGAAAGAGAGAUGGGAUAAAUUACCACCAAUUGUGAAAAAUUUUUAUAAAGAAGAUCCAGAAGUUAGUAAAAUGUCACCCAAACAAGUUGCAGAAUGGCGACGUGAAAAUUUUGAUAUUCAAGUGAAGAGAACUUUUGCUGACAGACCCGAUUUGAAUCCUAUUCCUAACCCAGUAUUAACAUUUGAACAUGCAUUUAAAAACUACCCAGAGAUAUUAGAUGAAAUUUAUAAACAAGGCUUCAAAAAACCUUCACCAAUUCAAAGUCAGGCAUGGCCAAUCCUUUUGAGGGGAGAUGAUUUGAUAGGAAUUGCACAAACGGGUACAGGUAAAACACUAGCUUUCUUGCUACCAGCUUUGAUUCACAUUGAAGGUCAGGUUGUACCAAGAGAAGAAAGGGAAGGCCCUACGGUACUUGUUUUAGCACCCACAAGGGAAUUAGCUAUUCAAAUUCAUAAAGAAGUAUCAAAGUACCAAUACAAAAAUGUAAAAUCAGUAUGUGUAUAUGGUGGAGGGGAUCGUAAAGAACAAAUAAAAGUAGUUUCUAAGGGUGUGGAUAUAGUCAUAGCUACUCCUGGUCGGCUCAAUGAUUUAGUUCUUGCAAGACAUUUGAAUAUUAUUAAUUUUUCCUACAUUGUUUUGGAUGAAGCUGAUAGAAUGUUAGAUAUGGGAUUUGAGCCACAGAUACGUAAGUCAUUGUUUGAUGUGCGACCAGAUAGACAAACGGUAAUGACUUCAGCAACUUGGCCGCCUGGCGUUAGGCGUCUCGCCGAAUCAUAUAUGAAAGAUCCUAUACAAGUCACCGUAGGUUCAUUAGACCUUGCUGCAGUCCAUACUGUCACUCAAAAGAUAAUGUUUGUUGAAGAAAAUGACAAAGAACAUAUUCUUAUGAGUUUCAUUGCAAAUAUGGGUCCGGAUGAUAAAGUUAUCGUAUUUUGUGGCAAAAAAGCUACAGCAAGUCAUAUUAGCACAGAAUUAUGUGUAAAGGGUAUAAAUUGUCAAUCUUUGCAUGGUGAUAGGGAUCAAAGUGACCGUGAAGCAGCUUUAGAAGAUAUGGUGGAUGGAACUGUUAACAUUUUAAUAGCAACAGAUGUUGCUUCCAGAGGUAUUGAUAUACAAGAUUUGACACAUGUUAUAAACUUCGAUUUUCCUCGACAUAUUGAAGAUUAUGUGCACCGAGUUGGCAGGACUGGUAGAGCAGGGAAAAUGGGUACUUCUAUAACAUUCGUCGCAAGAUCUGAUUGGGCACAUGCUAAAGAACUUAUAAAAAUAUUGGAGGAAGCGAAUCAAGAAGUACCCGAUGAAUUGGAAAUGAUGGCAAAACGGUUUGAAGCUAUGAAAUUGCGUAGAGAAGGUGAUGAUCGCGGCAGGGGAAGAGGCCAUAGAGGCUCGCGUGGUAACAGAGGAUCUUAUGGUCAUAGUGAUUCAUAUGUUCGAAGAUAUUAAUUACUCAUACAUAUCAAUUAAUAUACUAUAU